AUGUCUUUCUACUAUCCAAAGAACUUUCGUGCUAACGGUUGGGGGUGGCAUCGGUCUGCGAAUGCUGUGUCUUCUGUGAGAGGGUUUUUGAAUAAAGAGAGGGGUGGUGAAGGAAGUUCGGAACCGUUGAUUGGAAAUGGGAGUCUGUACCCUACUUUGCCAACUGAUGACGACACUACGUUUUCUGGUGUCAAACUGUACCCAAGUUUGCCAGCGGAGGAAUAUGAAAGCGGAGCUGUAGAAGAGGUAGUUGAAGAGGCCUGUGCAUCUGUUAAUGUUAAUUUAGUGGCAAUUGGGCUAGAUAGGGGUACAAACCGCAUGCCAAAAGUCGCAUUC